GUUUUGUCCCUUGCAAAAACAAAGUCGUUCUCCAUUAGUUAUGCAGAGCUUGAUCUUACCCCGAUUCUUAAACAAUCACUUUCUCCGUCCCUCUUUUUUGAUCGCGUAAAGGACCGCAUCAGUCAAAUGCCACCUCGACCUUUUCCAUUCCCGCUCAACGUCGGCAUCGAUAUCUGCCAGAUCUCCCGCGUGCGGGCAUUGAUUGCCAGGAAUGACAAUGGCCAACGUCUGUCACGUUUGGCGCGACGCAUUUUCAAUCCCAUUGAGCAGCUCUCAUUUGAGAGCAAGCUGGCUGCAUGUCGCACAAAUUUCCCCGAAGAUCCAUUCACGCCUUUAGCUCAAUGGAUGGCAGGAAGAUUCGCCGCGAAAGAAGCAGCUUUCAAAGCAGUCCGCUCGCGGCGCCUCCAAUGGCAUGAUGUGACUAUACAGUCCAAUGCUUCCGGGGCACCUCUGCUUGUAGUAUCUUCCAACACUGCCUCCAGCAAUUCAGACUGCGACCAAAUUGCACAACUGAGUAUAAGCCAUGACGGUGAUUAUGCGACAGCUAUUGUGUUAGCUGUUGAUUCUGCUGAUUCCAGUAAUUCAUAACAUAACUUAAUCCGUGAUGGUAUACAAUCUUAUCACGUGAUCUAUAAUCUGUUCUAUGUGGUGGACGUCCAAUUCCCUAAAUGGAUCUCAUGGAGACAGUCAGGGGUGGUCGAGAUAUUGACAGCCCUAAUUCCACGGCACCGAAAGAGAUGGAUAUGGCAGGAAGAGAAACGGUUGGUAAACUGACCGAAAUGAUGAUCUCCAGCCGAAAACUAAAGAAACCGGGCAUUUGGCAGCACUACCACAAGAUCCAAAGUGCUUGGCUAGUCAACUACGCGAAAAAGAAAAUUUAAGGCAAUUUUUCAUGGCAAAGAGUAUAGAUUUUUGUGUUCUAGUGUAAGAAAUAUUGGUCGUUGCGGGAAGGC